AUGAAUUUUAAGAUUUUAAUUAUUUUGAUAUUAUACGUUAAUAUUGUUUACAGUAUUCAAAUUUUCACAAACAAAACAUGCACUUGGGAAGGAACAUUUGAUAAAGUUGAAAAUAAAAAUGUUCAAUAUAACAUUGAACAAGAAUUAGAAGAACUUCUCGAUUCUUGGACAGAUGAAAAUUGGACUUUAUUAAAUGAAAAUAUAAAUUUUGAAUUUAAUUAUGAAUGUAAUGAAUUCACAGUUACUAUAGAACGAGAAUAUGAUAAUGGUUACAAUGAUGAUAAUGAUGAUGAUGAUAAUAAUGAAUAA